AUGAGUGCUGAGGAUGAGAAAAAAGAGCUACCAAGCUCUGAUUCAGCAGCAGUUUCCAUGGCAGAUAUGACAAAGCUACUAGAGAAAGCACUUAAAUCGUGGUCCAUAGCAGAUCUACCGUCUUUGCAAAAAGACUUGGAUUCUAAUGCCUUGAAAUUUCAGGAUUAUCAAAAAGAUUCAUUGGUUAGCCGGAGGAACUUGGCGAAGAGAACUAAAGCUUUUAAGAAACUGUCGGACGAGGAUAAAGUGGCGGAGAUCAAAGGGCUCUUAAAAAUUUACCAGCAGACAAUUGAUGAUUUGGCCAAAAAAAAUAAGACGGUUGAUCAAGCAUUCUUCAAAAUAUACAGGUCUAUAGCAGAGGCACCAGACCCAAGGCCUCUUCUUGAAAUGAGUUCGAAGUCGGUCAAUUCGAUAAACGAACUGGACGACUUGAGGGAGCAGAACAAGCAGCUUGAAAACAAGCUUGUGAAAUACGCCGAUUAUGAUCAGAUAAAGCAGGAAAACGUUAAACUGAAAGAGAAUGGCCAGAAAUCGUUCGAGAAGGACUUGGAAGCCAAGGAUGCCGAGUGGCAUGCCAUGUUGGAGGAGAAGACAACAAACUGGGAAACUACCCGGACAGAUUAUGAAAGGAGGCUAAAAGAAAUGACGCAGAGAGUUGAAGAUAUGAAAGUUGAGGAGGAGAUGCUCAAGUUGAGGCUACAGAAACGAGGUGACGCCUUGGAUGAGAUUGAUUUAUCUGAUAAUGAAGAGAAAGAUGCGUCUGGGGGUGAAGAGGGUGGAAAUACAGGCAGUAGUAUGAGGAAAAAGGCUGCCAACAGUCUUGAACUUGAAAUGGUGUCACAAGAUGCGGAGAGAUCAAAGCUCAGAGUGCUGGAGUUGGAGAAGAGAAACGAGGAGCUUCGUCGUGAGAUUGCAAGCACAAAGGUGACAAAAAAGAACGAAAAGGACAGUAAGGUUGAUGAUCGUAUUUCUGAGUUGGAAAGUGAGAAUUCGAUCUUGGUGGCACGUUUGGAUGCAGAAAGAAGAAGAGCACACGAGCUGGAGAGCAAGAUAAUAAGCAUCCAGAAGAACAGCAAGGUGGAGUUAGGUCGUGCGACCGGUGAAGUGGAUGAGUUGAAGAAAUACCGAGAUAAAACGCAUGACUAUGAGCAGAUAAAGCGUGAGCUAGAGGUGUUGAAGCAGAUCGAGCUUGGGAGUGACGAAGAUGAAGCAGAUGAAGCUGCCGGAAGCAGCAAUUCAGGCGCUGAUAAGAGUGCUGGAGAUGUUAACAGUGUGAUUGCCCAGCGGAACCGGAAGCUCAACAAUGAGAUUAUCGAGUAUCGGACGAAGAAUAACGGUUUGUUGAAAAAACUACAGGCCGCUGAGGAUGAACUUGAAGCAAUGAAGGCGGAUCUUGCACAGAGUGAAAGUCUGAAUAAGAAACUAGAGGCGGAUCUUGAGUCUGUAGAGGAUGCAGCCAGCAAUGAGAAAUGGGAUACAAUGUCGAUGAUCUCUUCAAUAGCACCGGGUGGAUCGAUUGCUGGAGGUGAGAGUGGAAGGAAAUCACCAGCAGGAUCGAUUGCAGGAUCUAUUGCGGGAGAAACUAAGGCAGGAUCAAUAAUAAUGACGGACCAACAGGAUAGCUCGAUAGUGCCGAUAUUGGCCUGGCAGCGGGAUCGCUUCAGGAAGAAGAAUAAGGAGCUCGAGGAGGAGAAUAAGAAGAAUUUCAGCAAAGUGGUAGAGCUGAAAAGAGAGAUUCAGCGAAUGAAGGAGGACAACAAGGACUUGUACGAGAAAAUACGCUUUAUGGAGUACCGGCAAGUCCAGAAUGACUCGGAAAACGACCUGGAUCCGGAAGUUGAUGACGUGGAGGACAGGUACAAGGAGUCAUAUGAAACGCAGCUUCACCCGAUCGAGCGUUUUAGAAGAAUGGAAAGUCGGCGAAUCAGUUCACGCAUGUCUCCAUUUGAGCGUGUGUUUGUACACAUUACGAAGUUGGUUUUGAGCACGCAGUACACGAGAUGGCUAUUUGUGUUCUAUUGCAUCGGAUUACAUCUUCUUAUUCUUCUUUUGACGGUAUUUCUUAUGGUUGACACUAAUUCUGAGAUGCCGGACAAUUCUGUACUUGGUGGGAGUACGGGAGGAAUAGCUGGAGGAGGGAAAGCCAACCGGGUUAAUGCAGGAAGGCUACCGCAGAAUCUGGCUGCCUGA